AUGUCUGAAUCACACAGAUUGAUGAGGGAUCCCGAGCCAGGGCAGCCCGGAUAUCCUGGAAAUCCCGGGUUUCCUGGGUUUCCUGAUUACACUCGGUAUAGCGGUGCCACACAAUUCGAAGGGCAUUCGUUCGAGUCAGACAGACCUAGUCAGACUGAGAAGGAUUCUACACGAAACGGUUCGAUCGCACCAAACGCUACACAUGAGUUGGAUUGGGAUGGAGAGAAGGAUCCAGAGAACCCCAUGAACUGGUCGAUGUGGAAGAAGGUUGUUCAUACCGCCAUACCAGCGAUAUACACAUUCGGCUUAACAACAGGUAUCUCAACACUUGUCGCAGGUCUUCCAGGCAUUAUGGAACAAUUCGGACAGACAAGUAGAAAUGUCGCUCUUCUUCCUAUAACCCUCUACACUAUCGGUUUCGUCUUCGGUCCAUGUAUCGCCGCCCCGAUUUCUGAUCUCCACGGUCGUCUUGUCGUUUACAAAGUCAACAUCAUCAUACUUAUCAUCUGUAAUGCCAUCGCGGUAGCAUCAGAUAACUUUGCAGCCCUUGUCAUCUUCAGGUUCUUUGCAUCACUUGGUGGAAGUGGUGUUAUGGCGGUGGGCGCAGGAACCAUGUCUGACCUCUGGCCGCCGAGUCAAGUCAGUCGUGUGGGUGUUGCAUACUUACUGGCGCCUUUUCUCGGUCCUAGCAUGGGACCUCUAAUAGGAUCUUACGCCAUUGAACAGUAUGGUGAUUGGAAGUGGGGGAUCUGGGUCGUUCUUUGUAUUCUGACUCCUGUCGCUAUCGCCAUCUUCUUUUCUUCCGAGACAUCAAAGAAACAGAUUCUUGCUGCGCGUGCCAGGAGACUUGGUAAACAUCCCAAGAGUCAAGGUAUUACAAUGGAGAUGCAAAAGAUUGGCAAAGCUAUGCUUAGGCCAUGGCAUAUGUGCAUUUUCGAGCCUGUGUCGCUUGUUCUGGGACUUUACAGUGGCUUCUCAUUCGCCAUGAUAUUCUCUUUCUUCGGCUCUUACACCUAUGUUUACUCCACCGUCUACCAGUUUGAUGCACGACAAACUGGUCUCUGUUAUAUAGGCCUCAUCAUUGGUAUUCUCCUGGGUCUUGUCACAUUUGCUGUCUUUGACGCAACCAUCUAUCAGAAGCAAGUGGCUAGAACCGGCGACAGAGUGGCGCCAGAGCAUAGACUGUAUGCAGCGCUGGUUGGGAGUAUACUCGUACCAAUCGGAUUAUUCUGGUAUGCAUGGGCCCCUGAUGCAUCGGUGCAUUGGAUCGUCCCUGUCAUGGCUGGCGUCCCUUUCGCCUGGGGAACAAUGGCUUCAUUCCUGAGCUGUCUAGCCUAUUUGGCCAGCGCAUUCAAGCCCGUGGACCUUUCAUCAGCUGUUGCAGCAAACGGAAUCUUCCGCUUUGCACUUGGUGCUGCAUUUCCCAACUUUGUGUUCCAGAUGUACCAGGAGAUGGGCAUCAAUUGGGCUGGUAGUGUGUUUGCCUUUAUCAGUCUAGCUUUCAUCCCGGUGCCAUGGCUAUUCUUCUGGAAGGGGAAGAUGCUACGCCAAAAGAGUUCAUAUGAACUGAGCAAGUAUUAA